CAGGUCCUUUUGGAAUAAAUCAUGGAAUUGAGCUUCAUUCAGAUGUGGUGGAAUAUGCCAAGGAAAAGCUGGAGAGCUUCAUCAAAAAUAGUGAUAGCUUUGAUAAUCAGCUCCUAGACCUAGACUAUCCGUCUAAGAGGGAAGCUGCAGGGCAAGGCUAGGUCACCCAGAUCUCCUAGCAGCUUAUCAAAAGAAUUAUAUGGGCAAGUUGGCAAGGUCCCUGCUGUGAACGAAGGCAUCUGUACAACUGAAGAUGAAGAUACUUCAACAUGCACUUUUAAAGAAACCCACCGUUAAGAUUUGAGUUUUGUGAACCUGCAUUUGUGGUUGGCAAUUGCCUCCAGAUAGCAUCUGACAGCCAUCAAUAUGAUCGAAUUUAUUGUGGAGCUGGUGUUCAGAAAGACCAUGAAAACUACAUGAAAAUAUUACUAAAAGUUGGAGGCAUUCUAGUAAUGCCUAUAGAGGAUCAGUUAACACAGAUUAUGCGUACUGGACAGAACACUUGGGAAAGUAAAAAUAUUCUUGCUGUUUCAUUUGCUCCACUUGUGCAGCCAAGUAAGAAUGAUAAUGGGAAACCAGAUUCAGUGGGACUCCCCCCGUGUGCUGUUAGAAACCUGCAGGACUUGGCUCGCAUUUAUAUCCGCCGUACACUUAGAAAUUUCAUCAAUGACGAGAUGCAAGCCAAAGGAAUUCCUUCCAGGGCUCCACCAAAAAGGAAAAGGAAGAGAGUUAAGCAGCGAAUUAACACAUAUGUGUUUGUGGGGAAUCAGCUCAUUCCUCAGCCUCUAGACAGUGAAGAAGAUGAAAAAAUGGAAGAGGAUAACAAAGAGGAGGAGGAGAAAGAUCAUAGUGAAGCCAUGAAGCCAGAAGAGCCUCCUCAAAAUCUGCUGCGAGAAAAAAUCAUGAAGUUGCCCCUCCCUGAAUCUUUAAAAGCUUACUUGACAUAUUUUAGAGAAAAAUAAUUUAGCCCAAGAAGAAUGUCUACCGAUACAGUUCCUCUAGUCUUGAAAUGUAGCAUUUGUUAGGCGUUAAAGAGAUUGUUUCUUUCAUCAGAGCAAAUUAUAGUGGGAAAAAGUAUAAUUUGUUUUUUGUCUUAGUAAGAAAAAUGAUGUAUUCGGUGAUUAAGAAGAAUCCCUUUUAUAAAAUCUAUUUUUCUUUAAAUCUU